UAUUUUCAUUUAGAAAUUCGGUCACACUAUUGAUGAAGAAGGUCAAAAUAAAAACUAGCUCAGUAGAUACGAAAGCGUAUAUGUCAGUGAUUGGAUAAACGUAUAGAAAAACUGCAUCACAACUUAAGUCCUAUUGCCAUCCAAUAUGUUCGCCAACAAAUUGUUGACCUGCUCGGCAUUACUAAUAAUGUUAUUAUUACUGAGCAACACAGUGUUCUCUCAAAAGCUUAUUAGCUUGCCGAGAGUCGGUAUAAAUGUUAGUGAUUUGUUUCUGGAACAAGCAAACUCACUGACCAGCAGUCCCUCAACAUCUUCGACAACAACUGAGAAACCAAUCACAACCAGAUCAACUUCUACAAUAACUCCAACGAGAUCCACCACACCUUCAACGGAAUCACCAACGACCACCGCACCAGUGAUAAGCACGACCUUUGCCCCGCAACCAUAUCCGCAACCAUCCGUAGGGGCUUGGAAUACCUCUUGUAUUAUGCUUCAAAUGGCGGCACAACUUAAUUUUACCUAUGAGGCUAGGGAGGGAAACUUUACCACCGGUCUAUACAACAUCCCCAGCAACGCAUCUGUUGAAGAUGCAGAAUGUAAAAGCCAUACUACUCAGUUUAUUCAUCUGAUUUGGGGACCAGAAACAUCAAAACAAUCAUUACUAAUGUAUUUUGAUAAAAUUAACGACACAACUGUGCUUUCCUCCAUCCAAAUUCAUCUGACUUUGCUGUCCGAGGAUUUUCCGGAUGCAAAGGAAAAUCAAACAGUUCAGCUUAUUACCAGGAGCUCCGGAGAGUUUAAGACACCAGAUAAGAUGUCGUAUCACUGCACGCGUGUUCAGAAGAUGAAUAUGACUGAGACACUCGAUGCUGAGCCGUUAAUUGGUUGGAUAAGCGUCAGUCACGUCCAGGUGGAGGCUUUCCGGAGGGCUAACGACACUGGUUUUUCAGUUGGACACGAUUGCGAUAGCUCGGAAACUUCGGAUGUGGUUCCCAUUGCCGUUGGAAUUGCUUUAGCUGCAUUAAUUUUGGUGGUAUUAGUAUCAUAUCUGUGUGCUAGGCGUCGUUCCACCUCCCGCGGUUACAUGAGCUUCUAAUAGAAGGACAUCAGCUUAAUUGGGCAGGUUGCGAAUUAAAGGAGUAUGGACAGCAAAUUGUUAGAGAGAAAUUUAAGAUUGAUUUUUAUAAUUGGAAGCCUACAUUGAUUAGUAGAAGUUGAAGUGGUUUUAUUUUUUUUUUUUAAGAGGGACAUCAAGUUCAGUUGGGUUUAAAGUAAUAAAACGGUUCUUUAAUACCUUUUUUUACGUCUCUGUCUUCGUAAGUGUCCGAUAUUUGUUCUUGUAUGCUUAUAUUUGUGUUUUAUUUAAUUGGCUUGAGCAAUGUAAAUGUAAAAUAAACAAACAUUUUUCUAAAUAAAUCAAUCUCUUUAAUGAA